UUCACUGAAACAGGUCUACGGAAAAUUAUCCGUUUCGCCCUUUGCAAAGCCCACUCGGUCGUAGCCCCUUUCCCUCUCCCUCUCUCUCUCUUCUCCCUGUGUUGUCUUUGAUUCCUCUCUCUCUCUUAUUCUCUCAAAUCCAAAGCUUCGCUUAGGAACUCCAUCCUGAAAAUGAAGGGGGAGAAGGGGAAAGGUGUAGUAAGGAGAGAGACCAGGGAAGCAUUGAAACCAGUUGAUGAUAGAAAAGUUGGCAAACGCAAGGCUGCUUUGAAAGCGGAUAAGAGUAGCAAAAAAGGGACCAAGAAGGACCAAAAGGCUAAGAAGGAUCCUAACAAGCCAAAGAGGCCUGCUAGCGCCUUCUUUGUUUUCCUUGAGGAAUUUAGGAAGAUAUACAAGCAAGAACAUCCUAAUGUGAAAGCUGUCUCAGCUGUUGGAAAAGCUGGGGGAGAGAAGUGGAAGUCAAUGUCUGAUGCUGAGAAAGCGCCUUAUGAAGCCAAAGCUGCAAAACGGAAGACUGAUUAUGAGAAGCAGAUGGUGGCUUACAACAAGAAACAAGAAAGCACGGCUGACGAUGAUGAUGAGGAAUCGGACAGGUCCAAGUCUGAGGUCAAUGACGAGGAUGAAGAGGAAAGUGGAGAAGAAGAGGAAGAUGAAGACGACGACUGAAACCGGCGAGGCUCGCGAGCUUUCGUGAUUACAAUUUAGUCUAAAGGCUUGUUGUAUCAGUGCUACUUAUUUUAUCUUGUGCUAUUAAACGUGUAACUGUAUUGCCAUUUGCGUGCUUCCACGGUUUCUGUAUAUCUAUUAAUAGAUGUAGAUGCUCAUUAAAUAUUAAUGGUUUGGGUGAAUUUGUUUGCUUUCUAAUGCAAUUAUCUCAAUUACAGCAAAA